AUGUUAAUUAUUCCUUCCCGUCACUAUUGUGUUAUUGAAAACCCAGUUCUACGCGAUAAUGACGGCAAAAUUGUUUCGGAUACGAAUGGUCAAGUUAAAUUGCUCCAUUCGGAUAUUGAAAUUCGAUUUGCUCAAGAGCCAUUUCCACUCUAUCCUGGUGAAGUGCUCAAAGAAGCUGUUCGUCCGCUUCAAGUGAUCGAGCCUAAUAGAGCUCUUCGUCUACGUGCUGUACUUGAUUUUGUGGAUGAGAACGGUCAAGAGAUUCAAGUUGGUGAAGAAUUUCUCUUUCAAGGACCAGGAACCUAUUUCCCACGCAAAGAAGUUCAUAUUGAUAAAGAAAUUCAAGCUAAUAUUUUGAAAUCAAAUGAAGCAAUUCGUUUGCGUGCUAAAAAGAAAAUGAUUGACCGAAAUGGUAUUGAGCGGGAAGCAGGAGAAGAAUGGCUAAUUCGAAUAGUUGGCUCUUAUUUACCAUCGGCUUACGAAGAAGUUAUUUCAAUAGUCAAGGCCUACGUGUUAACUGACAAAAAAGCUCUUCACGUUCGUGCUUUACGAACAUUUGUCGAUAUAUUCAAACACAAACGUCUUCACGGUGAAGAAUGGUUGGUAUAUGCUAGUGAUGCUGAAACAUAUAUACCUGAAGUUUAUGAAGAGGUGGUUGGCAUUGUUCCAGUCACUGUACUUCAUUCUCUCCAAUAUUGUGUAAUUAGUGAUCCUAUCGGCCCGAACGGUAAACCUCAACUAGGAAAGAAGAAACUUGUCAAAGGUGAAACAACCUUUUUCCUUCAACCAGGUGAGAAGCUAGCCAACGGCAUUCAAAAUGUAUAUGUACUUGAAGAAGACGAAGGCCUUAUUCUCCGAUGUAUCGAAGCAUUUAAUGAAGAGGAAAAUGUAAGACGCAAUCCAGGCGAUCUUUGGAUGGUUCGCGGUCCCAGAGAUUAUAUUCCGACUGUCGAAGCUGAGGUUGUACGUCAACGAAGAUCUAUUCCUUUGGAUGUCAACGAAGGUAUAUAUGUACGUAAUGUCAAGACAGGCAAAAUUCGCUCAGUAAUAGGCAGUACCUAUCUACUUACGGAAAAUGAAGAACUCUGGGAAAAAGAAUUACCAACUGAAGUCGAACAAUUACUUGCACUUGAUGUUCGUCAUUUUAAAAAUCAAUCAGCAGUACCUACUUCACUUUCAAAUCGAGACAAAUCAAGAUUGGUCACCUAUCGUGUACCACAUAAUGCAUGUGUACAAAUUUAUGAUUAUAAAUUUAAAAAAGCUCGUAUUAUUUUCGGGCCUGAACUUGUAAUGCUUGGUCCUGAUGAGCAAUUCACAGUUCUUAAUCUAUCCGGUGAUAAGCCAAAGGUUCCAAAUAGAAUUCGUGCUAUUUGUCUUUUGCUUGGACCAGAAUUUUCGACCGAUAUAGUAACCAUUGAAUCGAGUGACCAUGCUCGACUCUCACUUCAGUUGUCCUACAAUUGGUAUUUCGAAAUCGCUGAUAAGAAUAAUAGCAAAGAUGUAGCUAAACUCUUUUCAGUACCUGAUUUUGUUGGAGACUUUUGCAAAACGGUUGCAGCAAAAAUUCGAGGUGCUGUUGCUGGUAUUUCAUUUGAUGAUUUUCAUAAAAAUUCAGCCAAAAUUAUUCGCACGUCCGUCUUUGGCAUUGAUGAAAACGAACGAAUUAAUAAUCGACUUGUAUUUGCACAAAAUAAUCUUGUUCUCACUUCAAUCGAUAUCCAAAAUGUUAAACCGGUCGAUCAAAGAACACAAGAUGCUCUUCAAAAGAGUGUACAAUUAGCUAUUGAGAUAACGACUAGCUCACAAGAAGCUCAAGCCAAGCAUAUGGCUUCGCAAAUUCAGCAAGAAGCCAAAGGUCAUCUGGAACGACAAAGAAUCACUGACGAAGCUGAAGCUGAAAAGGAACGUCAAGAAUUGUUGAUGCUUCAAGCACGUUCGGCUGUUGUAGAAUCAAUUGGUCAAUCGCACGCGGAAGCUAAGUCACGUGCAGAAGCAGUGAUAAUCGAUAGCGACGCCAUUGUCGAACAAACUACUCUUCGAACUCAAGCAACGAAGAUUGAAUCUGAUACUGAACUCCAUCGCUUGAAGCAAACACGUGAACUAGAAUUAGCACACGCUAAAUUAACAUCUGAACUUGAAGUUGAAACGAAGAAACGAUUGACUAACAUUGAAAUUGCAGAAUUCAAGGAGCAUGUGACUGCCAUUGGACGUCAAACGAUUCAAGCCAUUGCCACCAGCGGACCUGAUAAUCAAGUUAAACUUCUUCAAGCUCUCGGUAUCAAAUCAACAUUAAUCACGGAUGGUCACAGUCCGAUCAAUCUGUUCAACACAGCCGUUGAUCUCGUUGGUGAAUCGUCGAAUUCUUAUUAG